GGGAGGGAGGCGGAGGCGGCGGCGGCGGCGAUGGAGGUGAAGCGGCUGAAAGUGACCGAGCUGCGGUCGGAGCUGCAGCGGCGGGGCCUGGACUCGCGCGGCCUCAAGGUGGACCUGGCGCAGCGGCUGCAGGAGGCGCUGGACGCCGAGAUGCUGGAGGACGAGGCGGGCGGGACGGCGGCGGCGGCGCGGCCCGGGCGGCCGGGGGCGGCAGCGGUGGCCGUGCGGAGCCCGGGCGGCGACGAGGCGGACGAGGACGCCGACGCCGCGGACGAGGACGAGGACGAGGACGAGGACGCGGCGGCGGCGGCGGCCGCGGAGGAGGAGCGGGAGGAGGGGGAGCGGGGGGCGGGGGCGGCCGAGGAGGACGCGGCGGCGGCGCUGCUGCUGCUGGAGGACGAGGACGAGGCCGAGGAUCCGCCCCCCGUCGCCGCCGCGUCCCAGCCCCAGCCCCAGCCGCCGGGCCGGGCCUCCGCGCAGCCCGGGCCGCCCGCAGCCGCCCCGCUGUCCCCGGCGCCGGCCAUGGCAGCGCCCUCCCCGCAGCCUCCGGAGCCUCCGGCGCCGCCGCAGCCCGGCCAAGGCCAGGGCGACGAGGACGCCGAGCCCGAGGCCGAGGCGGCCUCGGCCCCGGGCGGCCAGCGCGACCCGGCCCCCGCCUCCAAGCCCGGCAACGACGACGAACCGGGAGAUGAUGAGGACAGUGAGAAGUUGAAACCUACUGGUUCCAACGGAGAGCGUCGUGGGGUCAAAAGACAGCGAGAUGAGAAGGAAGAGCAUGGCCGGGCUUACUAUGAGUUUCGAGAAGAGGCUUAUCACAGUCGCUCAAAGUCUCCACCACCCCCUGAAGAAGAGGCCAGAGAUGAAGAAGAGGAUCCGACCCUUGUGAACCUAGACACGUAUACCUCGGAUCUCCAUUUCCAAGUGAGCAAGGACCGCUAUGGGGGCCAGCCACUUUUCUCGGAGAAAUUUCCCACCCUUUGGUCUGGAGCGAGGAGCACAUAUGGAGUGACGAAGGGGAAAGUCUGUUUUGAGGCCAAGGUGACUCAGAAUCUGCCGCUGAAAGAGGGCUGCGCCGAGGCGUCCCUUCUGCGAGUUGGAUGGUCUGUGGACUUCUCCCGCCCACAACUGGGUGAAGAUGAAUUUUCUUAUGGCUUCGAUGGCCGGGGGCUAAAGGCAGAAAAUGGGCAGUUUGAGGAGUAUGGCCAGGCCUUUGGGGAAAGUGAUGUCAUUGGCUGCUUCGCUAAUUUCGAGAGCGAGGAGAUGGAGCUCUCCUUCUCCAAAAACGGAGAUGGUUUGGGGGUGGCUUUCCGGGUCAGCAAGCAGUCCUUGAAGGGUCGGGCCCUCCUGCCUCACGUCCUCUGCAAGAACUGUGUGGUGGAGCUCAACUUUGGUCAGAAGGAGGAACCUUUCUUCCCCCCUCCGGAGGAAUUUGUGUUCAUCCAUGCUGUGCCCGUGGAGGAGCGCCUUCGCGUUGCACUGCCCCCCAAGAGCAUGGAGGAGUGCGAGGUAUUACUGAUGGUGGGACUACCCGGGUCAGGAAAGACCCAGUGGGCAUUGAAACAUGCACAAGAUAACCCUGAGAAAAGAUACAACGUUCUGGGAGCUGAGACUGUGCUCAAUCAGAUGCGGAUGAAGGGGCCUGAGGAGCCAGAGAUGGACCCCAAGAGCCGGGACCUUUUAGUGCAGCAAGCCUCCCAGUGCCUUAGCAAGCUGGUCCAGGUGGCUUCGAGGACAAAAAGAAACAUCAUCCUGGACCAGUGUAACGUCUACAACUCUGGCCAGCGGCGGAAACUGCUCCUCUUUAAGACCUUCUCUCGAAAAGUGGUGGUGAUCGUCCCCAAUGAAGAGGACUGGAAGAAAAGGCUGGAGCUGAGGAAGGAGGUGGAGGGAGACGACGUGCCGGAGACUGUGAUGCUGGAGAUGAAAGCCAAUUUCUCUCUGCCUGAAAAAUGUGACUAUAUGGAGGAGGUGACCUUUGGGGAACUGGAGAAGGAGGAGGCCCAGCCUCUGGUCACCAAAUACAAAGAGGAGGCGAGGAAGCUGCUGCCCCCUUCUGAGAAGCGCACAAACCGCCGCAACAAUCGUAACAAGCGCAACCGGCAGAGCCGAAGUCGUGGCCAAGGAUCUGUCGGCGGGCAGCGCCGGGGCUACAACAACCGGGCCUAUGGGCAGCAGUACUGGGGGCAGUCUGGAAGCAGAGGGGGUUACCGCAACUUCUAUGCCCGAUACAGAGGGGACUAUGACCGUUUCUACGGCCGGGACUAUGACUACAACCGAUACCGGGAUUACUACAGACAGUAUGACCGGGAGUGGCAGAACUACUACUAUCAGGACCGAGACCGCUACUACAGGAACUAUUACGGCUACCAAGGCUAUCGGUGAAGGCCCAGCCCUGGCGCCUGCUGGCCUGGGGGGAGGGCAGGAGGGGGUGCCGAGGAGGGGGAGAAGGCAAACCAAGCAAAACUCUACAUUUUUUUAAAGUUUGUUGAAAAGAAUAUUGUCUUAUUCUAUAAAACAUUUCAAACCUAGUUAGACAUUUGUAAUCAAAAACCUUUGCGCAUAAUCCAGCCCUAGGAAUGCCUGGCCUGUCCCUGCAGUGAAUGGGACUGGCCAGGCACUGUGUAACCCUGACUUGUGACAUCCUGAGGCAGCUGGGCUGGCAGCGAGGCAGGGGAGAGGUCCCGAGGGCUGGGACUGGGGACAGGGGCGGUGGAAAUAAACAAUUGGCUCUGAUUGAUCAUCCACACCCCUAA